GCAUCAUCAGUUCGCGUCGAAGACUUGAUCGUGACGCUUGUCUGCGAAGUCGUUCCCUCAGAUACGCUGCUGGUUUACGGAGUGCCGUAACACGACACGUUUGGAGGGACUACCGCUGCUACGCGUGUGCUGUGCUCUUGUGAACAUUGGAUAUUGUGUUUUUCUGUGUGGUGAUAAUGCGUACGUGCUAAAACUACUAAUUGUUGCCAAGCGCCUCUUAGGAUUUUUGACGACGCAACCAGUUCCGGAUCAGCUCAGCCGAUUGUCGUAAUGAAAGUUGUUAGUUUGCAAUUGCCAUCGGGACCUAGUAUGGAGCGGCUACCGCUACCAUUUAGUCCAACGGAGCUUCUAUGGCGAUACCCAUUGCCAUGGGCACCUCCGCCUCUUUCUCCUCUCGGUGAUGCCAAGGCUCAAUUACCAGCUGGGCUCCCUCCAGAACCCAGAUUAUGGACCAGAGAAGACGUAGCAGUCUUCUUGAAAUGGUGUGAAAGGGAAUUUGAUUUACCAAAUUUCGAUAUGGAUCUCUUCCAAAUGAAUGGUAAAGCUUUAUGCUUAUUAACCAAAACAGAUUUAGGAGAACGUUGCCCUGGCGCCGGAGAUGUUUUGCAUAAUGUACUACAAAUGCUUGUCAGAGAUGCCGCUAUUUUAGGCCGAGUUCCCUCAUCCCCUGUCACACCGACAGCUCGUAACGCCCCAUAUCCACCUUCUCCUCACUCUCACCCACCAACUCCAACGUGGGCAGUUGCUGACAGCUUCCACCACUUCCAUAGUGCCGCUGCUGCGGCGGCCGCUCAACCAAACUCUGUUACCUUAAGUCCAGCGCCAUCCGUUGAUAGCUCAGGAAGCCCGCAACGUGGCGAAACCAUCAGUUAUGCACCAUCCUACGCACCUCCGGUUCCCACGCAAACUGGAAGUUCUGGAAGUAACCCAUCCGAUUCCGAUGAAGAUGCAAAGUUCGCACCGCCUCCACAUUCGCCGAAGGACGCUUUACCCAGCCCUGCACCGCAAAGUCAUGCGGCGCCACAACAUUCGCAUUUCCGGACUCAACAUCGUGAAUUUUUCCCCAACGAUAUGCCUGAAUCGAAUACAAAUGGAAGACUUUUAUGGGAUUUCCUUCAACAACUACUUAAUGAUCCAACACAAAGAUACACAAACUACAUUGCAUGGAAAAACAGAGACACUGGUGUGUUCAAAAUUGUUGAUCCUGCUGGACUUGCUAAACUCUGGGGAAUUCAGAAGAAUCACUUGUCAAUGAACUACGACAAAAUGUCCCGAGCACUACGCUACUACUAUCGCGUCAAUAUCUUACGAAAAGUGCAAGGCGAGCGACAUUGUUACCAGUUCCUCCGGAAUCCUACAGAACUUAAAAACAUCAAAAACAUAUCUUUACUACGUCAACAAAUGAGCCCGACACGUGUGGCGCAACAACAGCCACAACCACAGUCUGUGGUAAAGGCUGAAAUGAAAGAAGAACGUUGUGAAGACGACCAUGUCGAAGAAGAUAUGCCCACAGAUCUGAGUAUGAGCGCAACUGAACCUUGGCGGAAACGGCCGCGGUCCGACCCAGCACCAGUCAUCCCAUCACAUGACAAACAUUAUAUUAGUACUUUGAUUGGCGAUAAUAUGAUGAUGAAACAAGAAUCUGAUUACAGCUCAGAAUACUACGCGCUUAAUCUUAAAAGUGAAAAAUGCGAACAAUGACUUGUGACAAAGAAAUGGACAUGAUGUGAAGUGAUUAUAAAGUGAAACAACUCCACCCGAUAUAUUUCUAGUCAAAUUUCUCUCGGUACAGUUAAUUCCAGUCUUCCCAUUAUACCUACAUUUACAAAUGUUCAUAAAAUUAACUGAGAGUGCUUUGACAGACAUUAUACGGAACGGAGUAAAACAGGGUAUGGACCUUAAGUGAUGCCUUUGUGCCGUGAUUUUUAUCUGAUAGUGUCAAUUACAUAUUUUAUAUUUAGGUGUAAUUUAGUUAGAAAAGGGGGACAGAGAUUAUUUGUGUUAUUUCAUAGAGACUUUGAAUAUAUUCUGCAAUGGACCAUAUAUAUGUGCCGCAGACUGAUUUCUGGCAGUUACACAUGAAACAAUAUUGCCAAGAGUUUCAUUUAGUAUAGCGUAUAAUCACAUUUUGUACGCGUAAUGCAUUUUGUUUAUUUAAUAAGGUAUUAAUAUUGUCAUUAAAAGUAAGAGUAAAAAUAUUCUUCCUAAAGUAGAAAUAAAUAGUCUAACAAAUAUUAAAAUAUAUCAUACACAUGUUGUGUCUUCCAUUGGUUCUUUUAGGCAAACUUCAUAAUUGUAGUGUGUGAAAUCUGUUUCAUUAAAGCUACCACAGAUAUAGAAAAUGUUUAUAUUUACAUAAAAAUAUUAUAGGGACAAUAAAUUGACAACAUAAUGCCUUGAAACCAAUCUAAAAUUCCUCUGUGAUAAAGUUGUAAAGUGGUAGACUUAGUAUAUGCUAGGCUUUACUCAAUUAUUUCCAGCUACAAUUUUCUGUGAUCUCUUAUCAAUAUAGGUAAAUAUUGUCAUAGAGACUAAAAUUAUUGUUUGUAAAUAGUAUUGUAAAUUAUAAGUUAGGGUAACCGAAGAGAACUAAAGAGUGUAUGAUGUAUGGUUUGUCAAACAAAAUGUGGAGCUUUAUCAAAGUACCUAGGUAUUAAUAAGUAUGAUUACAAUUGAGUUUGUAUUUUUACAUUUAUUUCUAUGUGGCAUGCAUGCCAAAACUUCCAACUUGUAAAGAGUAUAAAUAUAAUGUUUCAAGAAAAACAUUGUGUUAAAUUUGUUAAAAAUAAAAAUGAAUGAGUCUGACAAA